CAUGGCCGCCGCCGCCGACAAGGUGUCGGUGCUGCUGCCCACGUACAACGAGCGCGAGAACCUGCCGCUCGUCGUGUGGCUGCUGGUGCGCAGCUUCCAGGACAGCGGCCACGACUUCGAGAUCAUCGUGAUAGACGACGGCAGCCCCGACGGGACGCAGGAGGUGGCGGAGCAGCUGGUGGACAUCUACGGGCCGGAUAAGAUCCUUCUAAGACCUCGAGCAAAAAAGCUGGGCCUGGGCACUGCUUAUAUCCAUGGAAUGAAACACGCCACUGGGAAUUUUAUUGUUAUUAUGGAUGCUGACCUUUCUCACCAUCCUAAAUUUAUUGCAGAGUUUAUGAGGAAGCAGAAAGAAGGAAAUUUUGAUAUUGUAUCUGGGACAAGAUACAAAGGAAAUGGAGGAGUAUAUGGCUGGGACUUGAAAAGAAAAUUAAUCAGUCGUGGUGCCAAUUUUUUAACUCAGGUUUUGCUGAGACCAGGAGCAUCUGACUUAACUGGGAGUUUCAGGUUAUACAGAAAAGAAGUCUUACAGAAACUGGUGGAAAAAUGUGUUUCUAAAGGAUACGUCUUCCAGAUGGAGAUGAUUGUUCGGGCUAGACAGUUAGGAUAUACUAUUGGAGAGGUUCCCAUCUCAUUUGUGGACCGUUUCUAUGGAGAAUCUAAACUGGGAGGCAAUGAAAUAGUCUCCUUUUUAAAGGGACUCUUUACCUUGUUUGCUACGACAUGAUGGUUUAUCCCAAAUUAACUUUUUUGGAAAAUGUUUUUCUAAGAUAUGUGUCAUUUCUAAUACGUUGUAGCAGAAGCUUGAUAAUUUGUCUGGUUACCAGAAGAUUCACUGCAAAUUAACAAUUAAAUGGAUUAACAAUAACAGAGCAAAGAUACUGUAUUGCAGAAUACACUCUGCAGAAUAAAUAAACUGUAUGUUAAACUAGUCAAAAUAAAGAUUAAUGUUGUGUGCUAUUUUUGGGGGGGAGAGGGGUUGUUGUUGUUUUGUUUUUAAAUAGACCUAAAUGAUCGUUUGCAUUUAGAAGAGAAUCAUUAUUCAUCAGGAGUUAAAGGUCAUUUUGAAAUAAAGAAAAGCAAGGACAAUAAAAAUAGAGAAUUAGUCUUAUCUUUGUACUGUAGUUUGGAGAGAAGAUUUUCAAUAUGUGUACCCGUUCCCUUUCCUUCUUAAACAAAUAUAUACAUGUAUAUUAAUAUAACACACAGGCAUAUUUCUGCAAAAACUAGGAAAGCUUGUACCUGUACUACUGAAAACCAUUUACUAGAAUACGUAAUGGAGAAAAACAUGAUAGUUUUGAGGUCAACCUAGCUAUAAGCAAUUAAAAUAAAUUCUUCAUUGCAUCAGGCUGUAUGUAGAAAGAGGCACUCAGUACAGCAUGGAAUAAGACAGAAAUCAUGAGACUCGGGCAACUAAGUGAAUGUCACCACCGCUCAUCAGGAUAUUAGUUUUAGUUCUACUGAGAUAGUUAAACUAUAAAGUUCAUGAACAAACAACUUUUUUGAAGCCAGUGUAUKAUAUUGWCAACAUGCACUUUAUAAUGUAUAGAUGUUUAAUUCUUAAAAAGAGCUAUUAUAAUUAAAUCUUAAUAAGGACAGAUUCUUGAGAUCCAGCUGCUAAAUCUUUAAAACAGAGAAGGGUCAAGAGUGUUUCACAUGGGCAAAUGCAGCUGCUUUUACUUCAACAGUAAUUGUUUGUACCCUUUCUUGUUU